AUAUAUUAAAAUAAACAAGAGCUAUGACGAUGCUCGCGAUGGCGCGAGGCUCAGAGGACAGAAGGGAGGAAGAGGCCGAGGCGGAAUCGGAGGCCAACGGGGAGGUUGACGUUGUAGGCGUAGAAGAGGCCGCGCCCGUGGACUUGACGAGGCGCUUGGGGCUCACGAGGCCCCCCGACCGACCCGCGAUUGCAUUUUCCGUGGAAAAUAUCUUGGACCCCACGAAGUUUACCGGUCGGUCAGAGGUGCCGCUGCGAUAUGACGAGACCUACUGGAGGCCGCAUUACGAUAGGGACGAUAGCGAUUCCGUAAAAGACCACCUCCAACACUCGGACCUAGAAGCGGACGAUGUGGAAACAGACGACCAAACUUCCAACAUGGAUGACGAUAUCCUCACCCAAUCAGACCUCGACGAAAACGGUGACCCCAAGAGCCCAACCAGUUCUGGCUCCAAAAAGAAGAACGGGUCCUCUAGGGACUCCAAAGGGGGCACGAAACCCAGAAGAGCACGAACUGCGUUUACUUACGAACAGCUGGUGUCUUUGGAGAAUAAGUUCAAGACUACUAGAUAUCUUUCUGUUUGUGAAAGGCUUAAUUUGGCGCUGAGUCUUAGUUUAACGGAAACUCAGGUUAAAAUCUGGUUCCAAAACCGUCGAACGAAGUGGAAAAAGCAGAAUCCAGGGAUGGAUGUAAACAGCCCGACCGUGCCGCCGCCUCCAGCGGGGGCCUUCCCUUCAGGCCCCUAUCCAGGGGGCCUGCUCUACUCCCACGGGGUCCCCUACCCCUUCACGGGCCCUGGACCUUACGCCCCAUACUUCCACCACCUAGCUGCUAACCACCAUCAUAGCCAUGGUUCGUUGGGCCAUUCCCAUACGUGAUUAUGGCAACGACCUGGGUCCCAAGACCCUAGGGUCGACAAGGAAAACGAAAAUGUACUUUCGAAUUAGUGGUGACUUUAAUAAACAAUUAUUAUAUUAUUAAAAUAGUGUUACGUGGUUUUACAUGCUUAAAUUAUGAUAUUGGACAGUGAGUGAUUUUAAUUGAUAAGUAAUUUUAAUGUAAAUAAUAUAAAUUAUUAU